UGAUCAAACAUAUAUCAUUAAAGAACUGAAUAUUCAACAAAUACAUUUGGAAUAAAAAGGAUAAAAACAAUGGAAAACUACUUUGAAAACGCAAAAACAGUAAAGGAACGUGAAAAAUUUCUCACAACUGGUUGUUUGAAGUUUGAUGCACUACUUCAAGGUGGUAUCACUACUCGCGGGAUUACACAAAUUUACGGAGCUGCAAGUACCGGAAAAACUCAAUUAGCUUUACAAUUAUGCUUGACAGUACAGUUACCUGAAACAGAGGGUGGUUUUGCUGCUGGUGCUGUAUACAUUUGUACCGAAUCUAUUUUUCCAUCACGAAGAUUACAAGAAUUGAUACAAAAAUUAGAAGUUACUAAAAAGUAUGGAAUAAAUGGUGACUUAGUAUUUGUGGAACAUAUUUCAACUAUUGAGGAAUUAGAAGUAUGCUUGCUUCAUAGAAUUCCAAUAUUAAUGUCUGUACAAAAGAUAGGAUUAAUAAUUGUAGAUUCAAUUGCUGCUCCAUAUAGAGUAGAAGAUUGGAAAGAAGAAUCUUCUAAUAGAGCAAAGAGUUUGAGAAUAGUAGGACAACAGUUGCAUAAGUUAUGUGAAAGUCAUAUCUGUAUACUUUGUAUCAAUCAGGUAACAACAGCUAUACAUAAUAAUGUGCUUCAUGAUAAUUUGAGUAUACGACCAGCACUAGGAGCAACUUGGUUAAGCAUGGUAACAAAUUCCAUAGAGUUUUAUAGAGUAGACUCCCUGAGAUAUGCUUCUAUCAGAUUAUCAUCAAGUUUACCAGAAAUAACUAUUCCAUUUGAAGUACAAGGCUCUGGAGUUAAAGCAAUAGGUUGA